AUGUGGAAGAAUAAGGGACAUGUUUUAAUUGAUAAGAUCACUACAGGUGAUGAAACAUAUGUUCACUAUUAUGAGCCAAAAUUGUCACGUGAAGCAAAGAUAUUUGUGUUUGAAGAUGAGGUACCGCCCGAUAUUGUCAAGCGUGAUAAAACAAUUGGAAAAGUUAUGUACGCCGUAUUUUUCAAUACGGCGGGUUUGGUGGCCGCGGUAAAAUUAUGCGGACAGAAGACAGCCACGGCUUUGUGGUACACCACACAAUGUCUUCCUAAAGUCAUUGAGGGAUCUGCUAAAAAAGGAAUGCUGCUGCACCACGACAACAGCAGAGUUCAUACCGCAAAACUGACACAAGAGUUUUUGGCCAAAAAUAAUAUCAAGACUGUACCGCACCCGCCAUAUUCUCCCGACCUUGCAAUGUGUGACUUUUGGUUGUUUAGUGGUCUGAAGCAUUUUCUUCGCGGACAAGCAUUUAAGACAGAGGAAGAGUUGGACUGCGCGGUGAUGGAGUAUUUUCACUCCAUUUCUGAAGAUCGCUAUAAAAAAGCUUUCGAGAUGUGGAGAUCCCGAAUGGAGCUAUGCAUCGAAUUAGGAGGGGACUAUAUUUAA